AUGGAGGGCGCGGUCUUGGGUUGCUCGUCCGGGGUUGACAAGCAAACGUCUGGGGAUAUUUUAGCUGCCUGCGCUGCUCCACCUUUUUGUCCCUCAUUUAACUGCGUCAUCUUGGACUUCCACCACUUGUCCAUCCCAACGUUGCAAUUGACAAGCUUCAAUAUCAAUACUAUCAUCAGCCGGACCAAUCAGUCAUCCAUUGUCCGCAUUCUUGUGGUACGUUGCAGCCUCUGGCCUGCGUACACCCCCGAAGCCGAGCAUACCUCCUCUCUGAAACAGAGUUGUUACUUUGUUUCCUUAGGCUAG